AUGAAGCGGCGAGCACCGAGAGGCGGCGGCAGAAGAAGCGGCGAGCACCGAGAGGCGGCGGCAGAAGAAGCGGCGAGCACCGAGAGACGGCGGCAGAAGAAGCGGCGAACACCGAGAGGCGGCGGCAGAAGAAGCGGCGAGCACCGAGAGUCGGCGGCAGAAGAAGCGGCGAGCACCGAGAGGCGACGGCAGGAGAAGCGGCGACCACCGAGAGGCGACGGCAGAAGAAGCGGCGAGCACCGAGAGGCGACGGCAGAAGAAGCGGUCAGCACCAAGAGGCGGCGGCAGACGAAGCGGCGAACACCGAGAGGCGACGGCAGAAGAAGCGGCGAACACCGAGAGGCGGCGGCAAAAGAAGCGGCGAGCACCAAGAGGCGACGGCAGAAGAAGCGGCGAGCACCGAGAGGCGGCGGCAGAAGAAGCGUCGAGCACCAAGAGGCGACGGCAGAAGAAGCGGCGAACACCGAGAGGCGGCGGCAGAAGAAGUGGCGAACACCGAGAGGCGGGGGCAGAAGAAGCGGCGAGCACCGAGAGACGGCGGCAGAAGAAGCGGCGAGCACCGAAAGGCGAAAGCAGAAGAAGCGGCGAGCACCAAGAGGCGGCGGCAGAAGAAGCGUCGAGCAACGAGAGGCGACGGCAGAAGGAGCGGCGUGCACCGAGAGGCGAUUUCAGAAGAAGACGCGAGCACCAAGAGGCGGCGGCAGAAGAAGCGGCGAACACCGAGAGGCAACGUCAGAAGAAGCGGCGAGCAUCGAGAGGCGACGGCAGAAGAAGCGGCGAACACCGAGAGGCCACAGCAGAAGAAGCGGCGAGCACCGAGAGGCAACUGCAGAAGAAGCGGCGAGCACCGAGAGGCGACGGCAGAAGAAGCGGCGAACACCGAGAGGUGGCGGCAGAAGAAGCGGGUAG